CAGCUAGUGAUUUAGUUUAGGUGUAAGAUGAAUUUUUCGAACAUAAUAUUGCUCGUAGUACUAAACAUUUACUGUAUAGAAAGCUUAAACGCUCGAGAUUAUGCUCGUAUGAGCGGUAUGAGUGGUAAUAUGGAUUCAACUCUUAGAAUGGCUGAUGUACCCGUAAAGUACUGUGGUAAAAAUAUAAUAAGAGCGAUUACAUUGGAGUGUCAAAAUCGCGCUCAUUUGCUUCAUAGAGAAACAAGAACCUUUCCUAAGACUAAUAUAUUCAACUAUGACCUCGACUACAUGAACGGUGUAUCCGAUAGUUUUGAUGAUGACUCUUCCUAUCCAUUCAUAGGGAAAUCAUACGGCCUAUCUCUGCUGCCCAAUAAAGAACGCCGAAGAGCAGGAAUAGUCGAAGAAUGUUGUGAAAAAGGAUGCACUAGGUCAGAACUUGGGCAAUAUUGCAGUGAUUAGGAGUACUAAUUUACUAAUUGACUAACUAAUUUAAGUGAAAAAUAUUGUAUUUAAAUUUGUAAUAGUUAUUGUUUUCGUGACAUUUAUUGAAUGCGAUUUUAUGAAUUUUUUGGUGUGAUUAGAACCUCCUGAAAGCAAAAAAAACCUAAAAAAACUGAAGCGUU